GGGCUUCGAUCAGCUGAUCGCAGGUGUUGCUGCUCUUUGCUUCUGGUCGCUUGAUUGUUUCGCCUCUCGCGCCGGAUGCGGCCGCGUCGGAGGAAGCUGCCGCCGUCUCCGUUCCACCGGCUCCUUCACGUGUUUCCAUCCAACUCGGCAGCGUCGUGACGACGGGACCGAGCCGACGCAUCACCGGCGCACCGGGAGGGAGGGAGAGAGACAGGGGGAGGGAGGGGACGACGCUCGCGGCCGUGAAGGAGCCGCCUGCACCGGCAGCGUCCGCGGUGUUUUCGCAAAGGCGCUUUCGUGCGUCGUUUAAUCCGCUCUGAUGUCACGACGCAGAAGGAGGGGCCGCUGAGCGCACCGCUCUAAUCCCGAGUCCCAAGUUUGUCUGGAGGGACGAGCCGAGCCGAGCCGGGACGAGCCGAGCCAAAGCGAGCAGGCAGGAGACACAGGGGCGAUGUGCACUGCAGCAGCAGCAGCCGGGCGCGGGCCUCUCCUCCUCUGACACGCAGGCUGUGCUAUGAGCGGGGUUUUCUUGGAGACAUGAGGAGCAUGUUCUGAAGAUUGGAGUCGGACCACACCCCAGCCAUGAGCCACAAGUAUCAGGAAGAGGCGUCCAGGGAAGCGGGCGAGGAGCACAAAGCGCCUCCUAGGAGCAGGCAGACCAACGGGACGUCACCCGGGGAACCGCCUCUACGCCGCUCCUGGAGGCCGUGUCAGAUGGUCAAUCAGGACGGAGAGCUCAAUCCCCAUCAUCACCACAAUCAUCAUCAUCAUCAUCAGCCGUCUCACAAACACUACCCUCACCCGAGUCGCGGACCCCCUCGGCAUCGCAGGCGGUCCCCGUCGGGGCAGGGCCAGCGGCCAGCUCAGAGUCCCGGUCUGGUGCCGGCGCUGGCUGCUUCCAGGCCCGAUGGCGACGAGAGUCGAGACGCCGAGGCCCCUCCCGUCCCGCAACCCCGCACUGCCGUCACCCGUUACCGCCGUCACGGCGACCCUAACCCCAGGCUCAGAGGUCACAGACAAAGGCGGCCUAUAGGAGAGCUGCAGGGCUCUUCGCCUGCUGUGGAUGAGCAGGAGGCUCCGGCAGAAGGGCGGGCAACGCGACGCACGCCUGAUAAUCCUGCAAACGACCAAUUGCAGGACGGGGGAUCCCCUCACCAGAGUCCUGUUGCAGUUGCCCCCCCCACCCAACUCUCACCCGGUCCUGCAUCUAAUGAAAUGCCACAUCACCCGGAACAUACCCGUACAGCUGUGGCAGAAGGGGACCUCCGGGAGCUCAAAGUGGAGUGUGAAGAGGAAAUGGGGGAAGUUAAGGAGAAGCAUGAAGAUCAAGAACAGACGGAGGAUGAUGGAGACCAUUGCUCAACCACAGGUCGCUGCAGCCACAAUGACCUGCAGGCAGGCGAUGACGAAGCAGAGGAGCGCGCGGAGAGCGCCGAGGAGGUUCAGGAAGAAGUGUUGGAUGACGUAGAGGAGGAUAUUGCAGCUCAGGGAAGUGAAAUCACGGAUCUUUGUUCCGACACCGAGAGCGCUGCUUCACUCAGUUUGGACGGACCGCUCCACAGCCCGCCGCCGCUCCAGUCACCAACCCCUCCCUCGUCCCCGGAUGUUCCACCUUUCCCUCAGCUGGACCACCUCAGCGAGGACACCAGUUUGAGCCCUCUACCCGACAAUGACCUGCUACCGGAGGAUGAGGACGACGAUGAGGAUUGCUCCGAAUCGGGCUCGCCGUCGCACUUCACUUCCUGCGCCGACUCUUAUCCUAAAACCUAUGCAGACUUUUAUACAGAGUCCCACCAAAAAUCGUACCCAGAGCCCGUCUACGCGUCGUACUCUGAACCGAAAUCCCAUCCCAACUCUUUCCCUGAGCCCCUUAAGACCUCCUACCCCGAGUUACACAGAGAACCUCGCCGGCCAGCCGGCUGGAGGAUGGAGUCCAACGAGGUCCAGCAGGAGCCUUUCACGAGCCACAGCCAGGAGAACCUUAAAAAAGGGCCGCCGGCGACCAAGGGCCCCCAAUGUGGCCCUAAGCAGGGCAGGGGCCGAGGCUCACACCACUCCCCUCUCAACCGCUCCGUCGGCUGCCGGCUGCACCACUACGACGGUCAGUCUGACGGCGAGGGGGAAAGGGCCGAAAAGCAAAGUCCCGCCCCCAGGAGUCGCGGGCAGCUUCCCAGACGAGCGGAAACUCCGGCCAAGAGCCCCUCGUCUGGACGGACGAGCUCCGGGGAGGCCCAGGAGGAGCGCGGCGGGGAAGGCCUCCAAGAGGAAAAGGGUACGAGGGGCUCGGGGGACGCCAUCAUCCUGGCGAUUAAAGACAUCAAGGAGGCGAUUGAGGAGGUGAAGAUAAAGGCCGUGCGCUCCCCCUACACACCUGACAGGCCUGUGGAGCCCAUUUGGGUGAUGAGGCAGGAGGUGAGCCCCCCCGGGGAGGAGGUAUGUCCACUGCAGCCCGCAGCUGGCCAUUCUUCUCCUCACUCCCCGGCUCAGUCGGUGUCCGAGUCUCCCUCCCGCUAUGCAUCACUUCCCGCUCGGGAGCCGCUCAGUCCGCUGAGAACCGAGUCACUCGGAGCGCAUCACCCUCCGCAUUUCCACCAACAGCCCCAACACAGCCAUCACCCCCACCAGGGCCCCCAGUCACAGCAGAGGGACACGGCGAGGCCGCCGCACACACACACCCAGCCGCAAGCCCUACCGCUGAAUCAGCAUCAGCAACGUCAACAGCAGAAUCCACAUCAGCUGCAGCAGAAUCAGAAUCAUCAUCAUCAUCAUCACCAGCAGCUGUUAGCUCAGCGGCCGCGACCUCAAGUCCAGCCGCAGUCUCCUCCACAGCAGCCGACUCUCCAGGAACUUCGCAGAUCCCUUCCUCCAUUUCCAACGUUUGUUGACGUACCGGGACCAUGCGACCCUGAAGACCUUAUUGACGGCAUCAUCUUUGCCGCUACCUACCUGGGCUGCACCCACCUGCUGUCAGAAAGGACCCCCACAAAGAGCGCCCGCAUGCAGCAGGCACAGGAGGCCAUGAGCAGAGUCCGGGCUGCCCAGAAGCAGGCAAAGAACAGGAAAAGGAGCCCCGACAGCGAGGCUCCGGUCACCGCCGAGGUCGAUCUGUUCAUGUCCACGCAGAGGAUCAAAGUCCUCAAUGCAGACACUCAGGAGUCUUUGAUGGACCUGCCACUGAGGACCAUCUCCUACAUCGCGGACAUCGGUAACAUGGUGGUGCUGAUGGCCCGAGGGAAGAUGGUGCGCUCCCGCAGCGCGCAGGACAACCUGGACCACGCGGCGGAGCAAACCACCAUGACCCACGACGACCGGCGGCUGUACAGGAUGAUCUGCCACGUCUUUGAGUCCGAGGAUGCUCAGCUCAUAGCUCAGUCCAUCGGCCAGUCCUUCAGCGUCGCCUACCAGGAGUUCCUCCGGGCCAACGGCAUCGACCCUGAAGACCUGAGCCAGCGGGAGUACAGCGACCUGCUCAACACUCAGGACAUGUACAACGACGACCUCAUCCACUUCUCCAAGUCGGAGAACUGCAAGGAUGUUUACAUUGAGAAGCAGAAAGGAGAGAUUCUGGGUGUGGUGAUAGUCGAGUCGGGCUGGGGGUCCAUCCUCCCCACCGUCAUCAUCGCCAGCAUGAUGCACGCUGGGCCGGCGGAGAAGUCCGGUCGACUCAACAUCGGAGACCAGAUCAUGACCAUCAAUGGGACGAGUCUGGUGGGUCUACCGCUCAGCACCUGCCAGAGCAUCAUCAAGGGUCUCAAGUCCCAGUCCAGGAUCAAGAUGAACAUCGUCAGGUGUCCUCCUGUCACCAUGGUGCUCAUCCGCAGGCCGGACCUCCGAUACCAGCUGGGCUUCAGUGUCCAGAACGGCAUCAUCUGCAGCCUGAUGAGGGGGGGCAUCGCGGAGAGGGGAGGAGUCCGCGUCGGUCACCGCAUCAUCGAGAUCAACAGCCAGAGCGUGGUGGCGACGCCUCACGAGAAGAUCGUCCAGAUCCUGUCCAACGCCAUGGGAGAGAUCCACAUGAAGACGAUGCCUGCAGCCAUGUACCGCCUGCUGACGGCCCAGGAACAGCCGGUCUACAUCUGAACAGGCCUCACACCCCCCCCCUCCCCUCCACUACGGUCAUCCCGCUUUCAGUAGUUUGGAAUACCCGUCUCCUGUUUUCACUUGACUUGCCUUAAUCUGUACAGUACCCUGUCAUGUAAACAUGUAAAUCUACAGUGUGGCAGAACAGAUUAUCUCACCUGGCCGAGUGUUAAUGUGACGUUAUGUUUGACCAAAGAGAAGUAGUGGAUCUUAUUGUGUAAUUUUUCGGUUAAAUAGCUGUAAUCUCUGAAUGUACUCAAUCAUGUCGGACCUAUAAAUAAUCAGGGCAACUCAGAUACAUUUUAAACUGAAGUAUUCAAAUUAGAAAGGGGGAAUGCAUGUACAAUAAACUAAUGACACGAUGUGUCAGUAAACUCUG